AUGCUGUGGGUUGUGAGGUUUGCGUGCUUACUGUCACUUGUCUGGGGCCAAGACCUUCUGCAGAACAGUGGCAUGGAAAGCCUUGAUCAUUGGCACUGCUUUGGAAUUCAGUGUCACGUGACAUCUACACGUCAUAGUGGAUCACAUGCUAUACAAACUUCUGGAAGAACUCAGUACUAUCAAGGACCGGGCCAGAAAAUAACACUUCAUCCUGGACGAAGUUACAAUGUUUCUGCUUAUGCGCGUUUACUGAAUGACCAUCCCGGCGAGCUGAGGCAGAAUAUGCAGAUAGAAGUGGCUGUUACAUUCCCUGAUGGCACUAAACAAUAUAUAAAUCCUGCAAACGAGCCAAUGGCACGGAAAUCUGAUGGAUGGAUUCACUUGAAAGGAGAUCUUAAUGCCCCAAACAGACGUAAAUAUAUUCAUUGA